AAGGCCCAAGCUAAAACACUACACUCGCCUCUCGUUGAAGCAAGUUGGCGGCGGGGCGAGCGUGCAACCGAGAGCAGGGCGGCGUUGAGGCGAAUGGGGGAACACAGUUGGAGCAGGCGAGCAGAAUUGUGGGCGACUUGAUGCAACUGGAAGAGCAGAUCGCUCACUCCUCGCUGCUCGCCCGCCCGCAGAAAGGCAGAGGCAGGCACACGCAUGCUUGCUUUGGAUGCAGGCGAAGGCGAAGCCGACGCAGAGAGCUCUUCCUGGCUCUCACAGCUCGCGAGUGCUUCUCCUCUCCCUCUCUCGCCCAGCGAAUGACGCUCGUCGUGCAGUACCAGAUUCAUCACGGGCGACCAAGUGACAUCCGGUCGAUCACAGCCACCUCCUCUCUUCCCUACCUGACCUCCGUUUCCUUUCUAUUCUUUCUCAUCAUCAAUCGUCAUCUUGCCGCUCACUUAAGCUCAAGGUUGCCCGUCCAAGCUGGGGUACCAAACCUUUGGAUCGACUUGUCGACGACAUCCGCUCGAAGAGGAGACGCGGAGAGAGAAACUCUGCUCCAAGAAAGAGGAGCAGUAGGGCUGCGCAGCCCAGCCACGCAGGCCGCGCUCUCCGCAACGGCGGCCACUCGUUUCAAGUCCAGCCUCGACGACGACGCCACUUGAGGCACCGUCCCAAGAUAUCGUCGCUACGGGGUGAACAGAGGCACCAAGGAACGACGACAACGGCGACAGCGACUGCAGCGAGCAGCAUUGGCUGACCGGCUGACAACGUCGACAAUCAAGACGACUUUGCUGCUCGUCUUCCACUUGUCCUCCAUUGAUCGUUGGGUGUCGUCGCAAGGCCAGA